AGCUUUGUUCACUCUGGGCGAGAAUAUAAAUACAAUUCGAUACUUUAACAUAUUAUUUGGUUUUAAGAGUUAUUUGUGACAUAUCAGAAAUACGCCUUCAAUUUCACUAAAAUGUUGAAGGUUAUUGUGUUUGUUUUGAUGAUUGUCAUCCUGUCAGGGACCCGUACGGAAGCACAGGCACGGCCUUUGGGUGAAUCAGAAAUAAAAGAAUUUACCAUCAAAUUCCGUCAAGGAUUGCUGGGAAUGAUCGCUCUAAAUCUAGACAUCACUGUGAAUAUGACUGAAGAAUUAAAAGAAUUGAUAGAUGAUUGUAAACCUGCCAUGGAGUCAUUGACCGCCGAAUGCAAGGCUUGUACUCAGGCACAAUGCCAACGAUCUCCUACGUUCUUGGAUUACCUAGAGCUCGCAAAUCCGUACAAUUACCUCGAAGGACCGCUUGACAGCAUCGGAAAUAGACUGGAAACUGCUGGAGAACUUCUAAAAGAGGAUGCUGUUGGAUUUUAUAACGCACUAAAUGAUCUUGGGGGACAUUUGAAAGAUUUUCCAGAUUUUGCAAAGGGUAUUUUUGACAAAUUGCAUGAAGAUCUGGCGAAGUUGAAGGACAAACUAGAAGAUUUUGGAAUCUUCAUAAAAGAUGCAACAGAAGGACUUUUCGAUCUUUUCAAAGACCUGUUGCCUUUCAAAAGGCGAAAGCGUUCUUUAAUGAAUCUGCGCGAACUCCUUGGCGCUGAAGUUCUUCUGCGCAAGUUAAUUGACCGGAAGUUGGAUCAGCGUUCAAACGAUGAUGCCGAGAUAAGAGCGUGCAUGGAGAAAUGUCCGCCCUGUGAGAAGUUGCUGCUGCCUACCCAACAAGACAUUAUUGCAGCAGUAUGUGGCAGUGACGUAAUCACGAAAAACGAAACCAUACAGAAUAAUCUCUUGAAGAUUCAAACCGCCUACAACUACACAUUGGACGAGGUGUACCCAAUCGUCAAAGAGGUUGUUUUAGAUUUGUCUUCCCUAACUGCUGACUUCAAGGUUUCACUGGUCACAAUUACUGCCUACAGUGCCGAGGAAUACCGCACCUACAACACUGAUGUUGAAUUUCCAUUGUUCAACAUGGCACUGGGUGCCAAGAGAAUGGGGGUGGAGUAUUGGUACGAGAAAGUCGUUGUAUAAAUGCAGAUGGCAAGAAUACGUCAUCAAAGUACAGCGUCCCGGAAUUAAAUCAUAGUUGGACGUUAAUUUGAA